AUGGGUUACCUAAGACUAUCUACUAAAGUUUGGACCAGAUCUGCAAUGUUCACCUCACACAUUUUCCUUGUGAGUCCAACUAGGUUAACAAAGUCUCUCAGGUCCAUGUCCAUUGAUUUUUUACCAGAAAAUUUUUUCCCGUAUUGUUUUAACUUUUAUGUUACCGCGUAAUUGAGUUUUUUAAUUUAAAAAAGCAGAGCAAUCCGAGUUUUUGAAAUCGUUGCCAAACGAUGCUUCUCUCGGUUAUUUCAGAUUUCAGAGAAAUCUUUUGAAAACGUUUAAGACAUUUUUUUUUGUUUUCAGAAAUAAAAGUGUCAGCCAUUCAGUCACCUACUGCUGAGCUAAUAAUUCAUCCACAGAGCGAAAAUCCUCGAACGCUGAUGAGAGUGGGGAGAAAGUUACAAAAAACAAGUUUUUUGAGUUUCUUUUCUGCGCUUGAACAUUUUUUCAGGUUCGAAAUUGCGCAAAACCCGUCUUUUUCACGCUUUUUAUCUUCUCGUGCUGCCAUGUUAUACUGUAAUAGGCGCACUAAUUUUUAAGGUUACGUGAGCAGAAGUUUGUGAAACUAAACCAAUUGUUAUAGGGUUUAGAUGGAGAGCAUGACGACCGGGUUUUAAAAGAAUACGAAGCCAGGUAGGAAUUCUAUAAAAUCCGUUCUCAGACAUUUUUUAGGUGUCAAGAAAAUCGAACGUUAUUGCUGGAUAAAGUAGAAAAACUUUGUUUGUCGGAUGGCAAAAAGUGCUUUGAGGAGAUGCAAGAUCUCUUGAAUGAUAUUGAGACUUGUUAUAGAGUGUGAGUUCUUACUUAUUUUGAACUUUGAUGAGCAAUUUGUUAUUUUUGUAUAUAUUUAGCUUGAAAAAUUGGGCAAUGCAAAAAAAUAACAAAGAAGAUAAAAACUACUCAAUUGAUCCGGAAAUUCCUCAAUUUUCCCAAUGCUAAUUUUUUCAAUUAACAGGUGGCAUGCUACCAAUAGAACCAUGACCCAUUCGAUGAAUGACUACAAAAACGCUUUGGUGUACGCUUUCAGGUGUGUGAUAUUCUUUUUUGUCAUUUUGUCGUCUGAAAAUAGUCUCGAAUCUUAAUUUUCUUCUUAUAGCGUUUACACCACCAUAGGUUACGGUAACAUGGCGGCAGAUACUAACGAAUGUCGACUAGCCACGGUCAUUUACGGUGCUUUCGGUAUCUAAAAAAGUUCGAAAGAUAAGUCUGCCUUUUUUUUCAGGGAUCCCUCUAUUUUUUGCGUUUGUUAAAGAAGAAGGCAACUUAUUCCGCAACAUCUUCAUUUCCAUGUGCAGAAGGCUUGGCAAAUGGAGAAAAGGAAGCAAAAAAAACAAAAAAUGUUUAAUUUUCUUAUCAUUUAUUUUAAGCCGAAUGUUUGCAGCCUGGGAGGAAAUGCAAGUUGUGGGAUCGGGAAGAGAUUCACUGGAUGGCGAUGGUUUGAUGAGCAUCGUGAGAGAUGGAGCGACAACUCCAGAAAUAUUUAUUACGGAUGCAAACCGGAAAAGAGCCCGGUUCUCCAGGAAACAAAGCUCCGGCUCCCUUUUUGGUUUGUUGUGUCUCUUUUUCUAUUCGAAUCACUUGUUCAGGACAAAAUGGAGCUUUACACAUGGCAGCACAGAGAAAAAUUUUCUUCGCUGGUGUUUUCUUCUUUGGCCUUUACGUGCUCUCAUGCUCUCUUCUGUUUUCCAUCACUUCUGAAUUCGAUUACUUGACUUCCGUGUAUUUUUUUAUUCAAUUCUGUCGCUCUCAUCGGUAAGUUGCUAUUCUGGAAUUACUUUCAUAUUACACGAUUAUAUCAAACUUGGUAGAAAGUGAAAACUUCUUAGCUUUUUUGUUCCUUUUUUUGGCUUUUCAGUUCAAUAAUCAGCAAGCAAAAUAACUGCUGAAAAAAAAUAAAUGUAUAUUUCGACUUUUUUUAAAUACCAAACUUUUUUUCAAACCCUCCCCCACCUCCCGGAAUUUUUAGAAGCCCCCGUUGAGCAUGUUUCCAGUUUGCAAUCUUUCUGAAAAGAAGCAGUUGCGUAUCAAAAAAAGAAAUAAUAUUUACAGGGUUUGGCGAUGUUUUUCCCAAAGAUUCUACCUCUCUUCUUAUCAAUGCGCCCUUGAUUGUUAUGGGUUUGUUUUACAGGAAUUUGUGAAUUGCAACUCCUACCAACUAUGAAAUUUCUAAAGAGAUUCUCAGAUGUUCGUUCUGAGAAGUAUCAAAUUUUCGAUUCAGGAGUAGUACUGUUCUCAAUGUGUUACUUCAUACUGCAAGAAGAAAUACGGAACAAAGCGUUCGAAGCCUCGCGACGAGCAAGAAUCUCAAUCAGCAAAUACUCACAUACAAUUAUGCAACACGCUAGCAAGUAAGAAUGUCAUUAUAAUCCCGAAAAGGCAAGAAAGACUUCUAGUACGAAAAUAAAUUUCGAAUGACUAGAUAUUCCUUUUUUUCAUCGUUAGAAUCUAUUAAAAUGAGAAAAAUGUUUCAGGGUUUCUCAAAAUGAGCUUUUUUUGAGGAAAGUAUUUUUAGAUCGGUAGUUAAGAGUUUGAUUGAAAAAAAUAUUGUAAAAAUUUAAAUUUGCUCAAAAAAAUCUAAAAAAACCUUGCCUUUUACUACAUCGGUAGUUCCAAUUAUCCAUGGCUCUACUGCAUGACAAAAGUAAUAAACACUUCAUGAUCUAGAGUCAGACCUACAGAAAUGUUGCUAAUAUUGCUCAAUUCCUCAACUGACGAUGAAAACUUCCUGAUAACAAAUGAAGAUUCUAAGAAAACCUGAGAAUCUUGUAUCUUUUCUCAGAGUAAAUGGUAUACAGAUGUUCAAUCCUUUUUUUAUAGAACGGGCUGGUCUCGACGAAAUUCUCCACUCAUGGACUCGGAACCAGAAACGUUUGAAAGCUUUCGCAAACGACGACAAUCUGCUCCAGCAGUCGCUCUAGCUGUCCCUUCUCCGAAGCAACAACGGGCUCAAGAAAUAUGAGAGAUAAAAGUUUUAUAGUAAUAUCAAUUUGGUCACGAGGAAUCUCUUCCAACAAUCAUUUUCACAGGUAUCUGAUGUAUUGAUCAACGGUUUGUAAUAACUUCAUUGUAAAACUUGUUUUCGGAUGAUAAAAGUGUUUAACAAACAGGAUGUAACCCGAAAAAAAUCAUUGAAUUCGAUUCAAUAGAAAAAGACUAUGGAGAAAAAAAACAAGGAAAGCUGAAACCCGGAAGAACAACUGUCACACGUGUUGGCCUCAGAUUUAAGAGUCACCUUCAAAACGACUGCAGUCAUCAGCUUCCUAUGCAGUCUCUCGAAAUUUUCUUGAUUUUAGCCUUAUUUUUAGCUGUAUAUAUUGCUAUUUGUCAUCCUUUAUUUGUUGGAACCUGUAUUCUUGCCCUUUUCCUCUACUUCAGAACAAUUUAUGAAGGUUUGUUUCUAUUCUAAUUGUGCAUUACAUUUGAUUUCUUUUUGAAAACUUUGAAUCGACAAAAAUGUGAGUGAGGAGUAAAAUAUACAGUGAUGUGUGAGCAUUUUUUUUUUUGAUUUUUGUUCAAAUCUUCGGUAAAAACGAUUGUUUUGACAUGAAACUUCAAAGAAGCAUAUCUGAGAAGUUUGGAAGAAGAUCCCAAUGAGCGUGUUGCACAGACUUAUUGAGUCGAUGCCCCGAAGAUGCAAAGCUGUUCUCAAACUCGAAGGCUGUGCUACCAAGCAUUUGAUCUGGUUUACUUAUUUGUUUCAAGAGAAAGUCUUUUACAUCAAAUUAAGGGCUUUGUUGAAUUUUUCAAUUGUUCAUCAUGUUUUUGGGAUUCUGAUAAAUAUUUAAAACAAAUAAUUUCCAAAAAAAAUAUCACGUUUUUUUGAUUUUUAGAAAAAAAGUCAGUGCUCACGUGAAAGCUGGAAAAUCUUCUUUCUGAGAGGAUUAAAACUACUUCUUCAAGCCAGGCUGGAGAAAAUUUAGCAUCUAGCUAAAAAUCAGUGAAUUUCACCAAAGAGCGUUCUGAGCAAGGAAAAAUUGAAAUUUAUCGAUUUUCUAUCGUUAACCAUAUUUUAGAUGAGACAUUCUGCGAAAGUCAUUCUUCCGGUUCCCCGAACGAAUCUCAGUUGCCGAGAACAAAAAGUCAAGGAAUUCUGAGAGCGCAGGAGCAGUACUUGGCCAACUUGGCGAACGACGAUUCUGUUCGAGACAAAUUUUCGCGAUUUGCCGUCACAGAGCAAGUUCCUACUCUCACACGAUAUUAUGAAAGCCUCAUCAAUUUCUUCUCUCAGUAA